ACACAUAAAACAAAGUGUCAGACGUCCUUACAUACACCUGAAUGCCAACAGAGCACACGGGCAUUUACUUUGUGAGCAGCGGUCAGCAUGUCUGGGAUUUGCGGUAAUGUUCUGGUGACUGGCUCAAACCGUGGGCUUGGACUAGAGCUGGUCCGACAGCUGGCUGAGUCACCUUCCCCCCCAUUGCAAAUCUUCGCCGGGUGCCGAGACCCAAACGGACCCAGAGCUCAGGACCUAAGAGAACUGGCACAAAAACAUCAGAACAUUAUCAUCAUAAAACUCGACACCUCGAGUGAGGCCAGUAUAUCAGAGGCGUCCAAAGCAAUUGGACCCAAGCUUAAAGAUGGAUGUCUGAACUUGCUCAUUAACAAUGCUGGUGUGAACAUCCCAGGAGCUCUGGCAGACACAGGGGAGAAAGAGAUGGUGGAUGUGUUUGUGACCAAUGUCGUGGGACCCAUGCUUAUCGCAAAGGAGUUCCUUCCAUACCUGCAAAAGGCUGCCUCUCAGUCUGUCCAACACACAGGAAUGUCUUGCAGGAAGUCGGCCGUCAUCAACGUCUCCACGUUACUGUCUUCCAUUGAGAAAUGCCACGAGACCUUUACCAUGGCUCCCAUGUACCCAUAUCGUGCCAGCAAGGCUGCAUUGAACAUGCUAACUCGUUGCUUGGCAGAGGACUUUAAAAAGGAUGGCAUCUUAGUUAUGGCACUCCAUCCAGGCUGGGUCAAAACUGACAUGGGAGGUCCACAGGCACCUCUCCUGGUUGUGGACAGUGCUAAGGGUAUGCUGAAAGUCAUCUCAUCUCUUACGGAAAAGGACACCGGGACCCUUCUGGACUGGGAAGGCAAAUCCAUCCCAUGGUGAUGUUUUGGCCAGCUAGCUAAAAUAUCUUCCAGGAUCCAGCUCCAUAUGUACUGAAGGGUUUUAUCUCUUUCUGAUUCAUUCUUGCAACCUGAUACCUCAUUGUAUUGGAUUGUUAUUCUGCAGAAAAUAAACAGUGAUUUGAAAA